AUGGAAAGAGUGGAGAAUCUUACUGAGCUUCUUGCAGCUCAAAAUCAUGUAGGCAACCAAAUACUCAACUUCAGAAAGUCUGCAUCUCUAAAAUGUGCAAUUGAACUGGGAAUCCCGGAUGCCAUCAAUCAACAUGGGAAGCCUAUCACACUUUCUGAGCUGGUUUCUGCCCUUCCAAUUAACCCUUCGAAGGCUAACCACAUCUAUCGCUUGAUGCGAUUCUUAUCAAAUGCCGGCUUCUUUGUUCUACAAGAUCAAGGCUAUGCCCUCACAGCUGCAGGCCGUCUUCUUUUAAAAGAGGAGCCUUUCAAUUUAAGAGCAUUUAUCUUUUAUACGGGCGAUCCUGUUUUAGUGAAGCCCUGGAAUUCCUUGACUGAGUGGUUCAGGAAUGAUGAUCCCUCUCCAUUUCAUACGGCGCACGGGAAAAACUUCUGGGCUUAUGCUGCUGAAGAGCCUAAUUUUGCAAACCUCUUCAACGAAGCCAUGGCCAAUGAUUCUACUUUAACCGUUCAGGUGAUGAUGACCCAAUGCAAGUUUGUGUUUGACGGCUUGACAUCUUUAGUGGAUGUUGGGGGUGGCACAGGGGCAGUUGCUAGGGCCAUUGUCCAAAAUUUCCCCAACUUGGAGUGUGUUGUGUGUGAUCUCCCACACGUGAUUGCCGACCAAGAGGGAACUGAGAACUUGGACUUUGUUGCGGGAGAUAUGCUAGAGAAGGUACCUGCUGCUGAUGCAAUCUUGCUCAAGUGGAUUCUCCAUGACUGGAGUGAUGAUGAUUGUGUGAAGAUUCUCAAGAACUGCAAAGAGGCUAUUCCAGGGAGAGACAAAGGGGGGAAAGUCAUUAUUAUCGACAUGAUUUUGGAAAGCCACAUGAAAGACGACGAGUCAGUUGAAACACAAUUUGUUGUGGACAUGCAGAUGUUGAUGUGUUUCGGUGCUAAAGAAAGAACUGAGAAAGAAUGGGCAAAGCUUUUCCAAGAUGCUGGUUUCAGUGACUACAAAGUACUUCCAGUGUUGGGUGUGCGCUGUCUCAUUGAGGUUUAUCCUUAGACUAAAAGUUCAGUUCAAAAUUGUCUCAUUGAGGUUUAUCCUUAGACUAAAAGUUCAGUUCAAGAUUGGUACUGCUACAAUAAUUGAGGUUUCAGUUUUACCCUCAGCCUUUGUCUCCCUCUGCUAGAACUUGCUUUGUUCCGCUUGUAAUCGCCAUUUUGGCAAUACAACUAUUCUGUUUUCUGUAUAUCUUGCAAUUUGUGGAGUGUGAUCUAGAUCACAUCAUUUUUCUCCUGUAGGGACAUGUAGUGGCAAUAAAUUCACGCAUUGAAAAAACUUUCCUGCUAUGGUGCUAUUUUCCUA